GGGAAGUCGGCUUGAAGAGGUUUCCCUGCGAGGAGGGGGAGGCCGUUGCGUGGGGCGGGGCAAAGAGCUCCCUGUGUACUUUGAGGAGGGGACUGUGGGCUUCUUCAAGGAGGACUGGGCUCUGCUGCUACCAGGGCAGAGGGCUCUCAGUACAAGGAAGACAUCAGAGAGGAUUAGAGGUACAUGGCUUCUUUUGCUAAUGAUGUGUGGGAGAAAAUAAGUGAAAGAGCACGUUCACUCGUAAAUCAAUCCUGGAUGACCAUUGAAAAACCCACACAGUAGAGAAACGAUAUAAAUGCCUUUAGCGUGGAAAGAUUUUCAGGCAAAGCACAGUUCUUAUCUCAAAGAACGCACAUAGGGGCAAAACCAUUUAACUGCCAGAAUUUAGCCAGAAGAGGAUACUUAUGGUCUAUCAGAGAAUCUACUCGGGAGAAGCCAUUGAAAAGCCUGGAGUGUGGAAAAAGCUUCAGUGAGAAGGGAAAUUUAGCUUCACAUCAAAGAACUGACAUGGGGGAAACUAUUUGAAUGUUUGCAGUAUGGAAAAAACUUUGAGCACAAGGUAGGCUUUAAUACUCAUCAGAUAAUGCAUGCAGAAGGGAACCGAUUUAGUUGCCUUGAGUGUGGAAAGAGCUUCAGACAGAAGAAUGGCUUUGUUAGACAUCAAAGCAUUCACACAGGAGAGAAACCAUUUGACUUUCUGGAGUGUGGAAAGAGCUUCAGACAGAAGGAUGGCCUUGUUAGACAUCAAAGCAUUCACACAGGAGAGAAACCAUUUGAAUGCCUGGAAUGUGGAAAGAGCUUCCGACGGAAAGAUGGCCUUACUAAACAUCAAAGCAUUCACACAGGGGAGAAACCAUUUGAGUGUUUGCAGUGUGGAAAGAGCUUCAGUCUCAAGGAAACCCUCAUUCGUCAUCAAACAACUCACAUAGAAGAAAAAUCUUUUAAAUGCCAGGAGUGUGGAAAGAAUUUCAAUUGCCAGUCCGCCCUUAAUCGACAUCAAAAAACUCACAUGAGGGAGUUUAAAUGCUUGGAGUGUGGAAAGGGGUUCUGCUCUAGAAGUGCCCUUAAUAUGCAUCAAAGAACUCACACAGGGGAGAAACCAUUUAAAUGCUUGGAGUGUGGAAAGAGUUUUACUCGGAAUGAAUACUUUUCUAUACAUAAGAGAACUCACACAGGGGAGAAACCAUUUAAGUGCUUGGAGUGUGGAAAGAAUUUCAUCCGGAAGGAAUACCUUUCUCUACAUCAAAGAACUCACACAGGGGAGAAGCCGUUCAAGUGUGUGGUGUGUGGAAAGUGCUUCAGCCACAGGUCAUCCUUUAUUUCACACCUAAGAAGACCUCACACAGAGAGCUCUUCAGAAGAGGAAGACUCGGAUACCUCAGAACAAUCUUCUACAGCAGACCAGGAGCAAGAUGAGUCCUGUGACAGCGACGCCUCAUCUGAGGUUCCCUGCAAAUCGUUCAACCCAGCCGUGAUUCCAGAUUCUCCUCCCAGCACCCACGGCUCACCAGAGCACAGUUUGCAGUGCAUCACAUGGGAUACUCAGAGCCAUGGUGACAGCGCCUACCUGAUCCCCAGAGUACCCUUUCGCCCAGGAAAUACACAUGAGUAACGGAUUACUCAAGAGGACAGGCCUGCUUAUGAAGCAGGCUCAAAGGCAACUGCAGAAUCAGGAUCGCCCAGAAUAUAUGCUCUCACUGUUCCCCAGACUUUUCCUUUCCAUCAAAGAAGUACAAAUGAUUUAAACACA